CAAAACUGAGCUGCAACCAAGCUCAGAAAGCAUCUGGGUGCCCCAGAGGAACCUGCAAGUGCAGAUCAUGGAUGCCACGUCUCAGGAGCCUCCGGCUGACCAGGAUUCCUCAACCCCUGUGGUGGAGGAAGAGUUCCAGUUUCUGCUCUGUGAGGGAUGCCGGAAUGAAUCCAGCGAGCCCAAGCUCCUUUCCUGCCUUCACACCUUAUGCACUGGCUGUCUGCAAGAGAACAAGCCCAUGGGCCAGUGCCCCAUCUGCCGGGCUCCUAUCUUGCAACCUAAUGAGAUCCCAGACCAGGACAACGUACUGUAUGCCAGGCUGCAGUCCCAGAUGAAAACCUAUGAAAAAAUAGUCAGGGGCACAGGCUUAGGGUGUGGCAACUGCAAGGCAGAGGGGGAGUUCUGGUGCUCAGACUGUGAGAUGUUUAUGUGUCUCACGUGCUUUAAUUUCCAUCAGAGGGUCCUGAAGAAGGAGAGCCAUGAGGCCAGGCAUGUGAAGGAUCUUCAGGCUGGAUCUCUCAGGGAGUUUCUUGAGGGUGCCCAGAAACGCUAUAACUUGUUCUGCGAAGUGCACGAGGCUCAGAUUCUAAGCAUCUACUGCAGCAUCUGUUGCAAGCCGAAGUGCUGCACCUGUGCCAUCCUGGAUAGCAAACACAGGGAUCAGUGUUGUGAUAUCAAGGCAGAGAUCCUGCGGAGGCAGAAGGAGCUGUGCAGCUUGACCGGAGAGCUGAAGCAGAAAAAGAGCCACUAUGAAAGUGCCUGCAACAACCUCCAUGGCAAAGACAACCAACUGAACCAGGUGUGGAAGGAAACUCGGGAGCUGAUCCUUAAGAAGGUAGAGGAGAUGGUCAAGCUGAUCCAGGAGAAGGGGGAGGAGCUGUUGAAGAGGGCAGAGAGGCAGCACCAUGAGGGGCACCAGGACCUGAAGGGGAAGAUGCAACACUUGAGAGCCAUGUUCAUGAGGAUGGGGGCAGCUGAGCAGCUCGUGGAAAAGAUGCACCACUAUGCAUGUGACCAGGAGGUAAUGGACUUGCACCCCUUCAUCAAGAAUUCCUUGGAGGAGCUCCAGAAUCAGCCACCCCUGGCAAUGGGGACCAAGGUCCAGGUUGAAGACUUCUCUGAGUGCAAAGCUAAACUCAAGGCCCUCGUUGAACGUGUGAUGGGGGAACAUGCAGGUCCAUCUGCUCCGCAACAAGAUGGGGACACCUUGAUGUUCAGCUGUGAGUGUGUGCAUGCUCCAGAAUCUCCUCCACAGCACAACCGUCUCCCUGCUGAUAGCAAUGAAGAAGGAUUGCUUGCCCCUCAGGACACCUCACACCAUCUCCGUUCUCCAGCUGUGCUCCCUACAUCAGGCACUGGGGAUAUUGGAGGAGAUGCUGAUCCAGGUAGGGCACGUGAAAGUGCUCCAGCCCAAUCAACUGUGAACCCAGAAGUGGCCCCUACGAGAUCCCAAAAGAGUUCCAAGAAGAUCCAUUUCUCACCUUCCAUCACAAAGAGAAGAGGAGGCCAAGACACAGAAAUCUCACCGUCCCCUGCAAAGUUUAUCAGGACUAAAGCAGAUGAUGGCAAAUGGUAUAAAUGGGCCAGAAAGCGCAACCAGAAUAUCCUGGAACAACCAGGGACCAGUUCCUCAACAGGAAAUGGAUCUGGCUGGAUGGCUAACAGUGCUGGUGCAGUGAAGCAAGUUGACUUGACAGAACCCCUGGAAAAUAACAUCCCUCAAGAAGAUGCCUCAGAAAAACAGCCGUGUGAAGAUAUAAAGCUUCUGAUGAAAGACUAUCCUGAUGAUGUUGAUGUUAACCUCAUUGGAGAAAUAAAGCAUUUCCAUGCUUAUAUCAAGCAAAAUGAUUCAGAUAAAGGACAUUUAUGCCACCCGGACCUGUAUCAAGUCAUCAUCCAAGAUAAGAUUCACUUGGCUUUCCCUAAUGUAGAAGCACUAUUGUGGCUCUUUUUGAGUCUAAUGGUAAUAAGUUACUCAGGAGAAAGGUCAUUUUCGCAGCUGAAAAAGAUCAAGAAUGAACUGUGAACAACAACACUGCAAGAAAAGCUGUCUUCACUAAGCAUUAAGUGAUAAACUUCAUAGCUUAUCAUUUGAGGACAUCAUCAUUGACUUUGCUCUCCAAAAAUCUUGAAAGACAAUGUUUUAAAUGUUAUGUGAUGUGCAAACAGAAAUAGUACAGGUUGUAUUGCUGCUUCCGUUUAGUAAGUGCGGAUCUGUGUAAUUGCUCUUGUGUUGCUGUAGCUAAAAAGCUUUCAUAAUGGUAAUUAAGAAAUAAUAAAGUAUUUUAACUUGCCAAUAUUUCAUAAUGCAAAUAGGCUUAUUGCAAGAUAUAUGCUUUAGUUAGAGUAUUAGGGUGUGUGUAGACAAAAGAGGGGCCCUAAAUUGAAGCUGUAGGUUUUAAAAACACAGCCUCAGUUUAAGGCAAAGUAACACCACCACCCUCCCCGCCCCCCCAAUGACAUGUGUAAACCUAUGUCUUACCUGCCUUUCUGGUGGCAGGGCAAGGAGGGCAAGCUGCCGGUGGGUGGAGUGGUCCCUGGGCUGGGGGCGUGCUGGUGCUUCCCUCUGCAACAGCGGUGCCACCCACCCACAGGAACCCAGCUCAGAUGGUCCUGUGGGGCACCGCAGCUGUGGAGGGAAGGACUGGGUCCCCACACAGCUCAUGUAGGCAGCCGGGCUCCGGAGGGGAGGUGUAGGGGGAGGAGAAAUGAUCAGGCUAACUUUUUUUUUUUCUUCAGUGGAGCCUGCCUUCAUGGGCUGCUGCCAUGCUGCUUGCACGGGCCCUGAGCCACACAGAGGCUGGUGCUUCACUCCGUGGCUGUAAGGCAGCAAAUUAAAACUCCUCAGAGGUGUUUUAGUUUGCUGCACCCCAAAGUCAUUUAAGGCACAUUACGCCGCUGAAUGUGCAGAAGCGGCUGGAAUUAAGGUACAAUACUCUGCUGACAUGUGCAAACAACAACACCAUUAAAGCAGUGUGUCACGGCGGGGUCCUCGUGGAGGGCCGUGUGCUCCUCGAGGUCCCUCGCUCCGUGUCAGGCCGGCCCAAGGCACCCUCCAAU